CAUUCGGGAGAUGAGAUGAAUCCUUCCUCGCGGCGACAAGAUCCAAGUUUGGGAGGAAAGACGACAGUCCCUAGCACAUGUAUAAAAAAAGACGAGACAUUAUCCGAGGUAAAGCAUAAACGAAAGGAGAGAGGGCAAUGGCGUGUGAUCAGAAAUGGGGGCUCGCUGUCGCUGGUGGGGCAGAAGAAGACUUGACUGCGAUUUGAAACUCACGAGCAUCUCUGAAAGCUUAGGGGGAGCCUUACAAGCCAAGCGAUUAAAAGGCAAACACGAUUAGCCCUCUCGCUUUCAGCAGCUCGAGUACCACCAAAAGGGCAAAGCGCAAGGGCGGUGGCGGGGUCGGGGUGGGAAGUGCUCUCCUCUCGUGCUCUCUAAAUUUAUCGGUUUCUCAGCCACAGCCUCACUCGCAUCUCACCCACUGCUGGCACUCAGUGCAGAGUGUUUGCAUGGUUUCUCAAACAUAUUUAUUCAAUCCUAGUCUAGUCGAAAGCAUAGCAGUUGCGCAACAAAAACAGCAGAGAAUUCAAGCGCAAUGCUUCCUCCUCUCGAUCUCAAAGACUUUCAAGAGAAAGUUUCGACCCAGUUCAGGCCAUGGCAACGCUCCUUUCAGUUCUGGGUGCGAGCAGUCGAUAUCUACACCGGCUACAAGGUGUUUCAGCUUAGGAUGAGCUUUGAGAAAGAUAAGGAAAAGCUGGAGGCAAUGUGGGAGAGGCAACAUGAGCAUGCGGCUGACAAGAUUUAUGCCAUGUGUGCUGACCUUGGUGGGUUUUUCCUUAAGGUUGCACAAAUCAUUGGAAAGCCAGACUUAGCGCCGGCUGCAUGGGUAAGAAGGCUCGUCUCCUUAUGUGACCAUGCCCCUGCUACUCCAUACGACAUUGUUCAGAUGGUACUUGAAAAGGAACUGGGUAGAAGCGUGGGGGAUCUGUUUGAAAGAUUCGAUGUUGAUCCUCUCGGUUCUGCUUCAAUUGCACAGGUUCAUAGAGCAAGGCUGAAGGGUGAUAAGGAUGAUGUUGUUGUCAAGGUACAACAUCCAGGAGUUCAGGACCUCAUGAUGACAGACAUCCGCAAUUUGCAGGCAUUCGCACUAUACAUGCAAAAGACAGAUAUUAAGUUUGAUUUGUACUCAGUAACCAGGGAAAUGGAGAAGCAGAUUGGUUACGAGUUUGAUUUCAUGAGGGAGGCUGAUGCUAUGAAAAGAAUCGGACGUUUCCUGAAGGAUAAUAACAAAAAAUCUCCUGUUUUAGUGCCACGAGUUAUAGGGGACAUGGUCACCAGGAGGGUAUUGGUUAUGGAAUAUAUUGAUGGAAUUCCAAUCAUGAACCUCGGUGACGAAAUUGCAAAAAGAGGGAUAAACCCCCGUGGUAAGAUUGCCGCAGCAGCAAAGCAGAACAUACUUAGCAGUUUGACAAUGGCGUAUGGCCAAAUGAUCCUGAAGAGUGGUUUCUUCCAUGCAGAUCCUCACCCUGGAAAUAUCCUCAUAUGCAAAGGCUCAGAGGUGGCUUUGCUAGACUAUGGGCAAGUGAAAGAUCUCCCAGAUGCUCUGAGGCUUGGAUACGCGAAUCUUGUUGUUGCUAUUGCAGAUAAAGACCCUAAAAGAGCAUCAGAGAGCUAUAGGGAGCUUGGGAUAGAUACUUUAAGUAAAUGUGAAAAUGAAGGAGAGGAAUUAUUUAGGUUGGCCGAGACAAUGUUUGAUACGAAGCUGCCUCCUGGAGUUACGGCGCUGCAACCGUUCUCCGAGGAAUCUUCAAUAAAAAAGAUUGCUGUUCAGGCUUUUCCCGAGGAGCUAUUUUCUGUUCUUCGAACUGUGCAUCUGUUAAGAGGUCUCAGUGUCGGUCUCGGAAUUAAUUACUCUUGCGCUGAACAAUGGCGGCCCAUUGCAGAAGAGGCGUUGUAUGCUGCCGGGAGAUUAAAAAGCAAAGAUGUUAAACCUCGACCUCGCAGACGAAAUCUAGUCAGAAGAUUAUUUAGGAGACAAUGAUCCGACCAGAGGACGGAACAGACCUAGAAGUGCUAGUUUUUCGGAUUAUUAUUUAUUUUGUUAGUAUCUUGAUUGAUUCUCUUAUUCCUAUCCUAUGAUAUAAAAGAGGGAGCAAGAAAAAAAAAGACUGGAAGAUGAUAGAAAUCGUUCUGUUUAGUCAUUAUCUUCUGUAAAAUUAAUCAAGUAUUUUGUUGAACCUUCGAAAUUAAAUUUUGGUGAUUUUAGUUACGGCUUUAACCGCAA